CAAAAAAAUUGAAUAGGCGUAAUGCAAACAGCUUUUCAGAUAAAUAAAUAUGAACGAAUGAAAAGAACAUGAUACUAAUUAACUAAUUAUUAAAUAAAACACGAUUGUUCAUUGCAGCCCCCCUCUCUCAACAAUAUUGACAAUAUGGCGUACAUACGUCACUUUAGGUCAGCUGACAUUUGACGUAAAGACUAAUUGUGUACGUUUUGCGCUGCGUGUCGUAAUGAAUAUCAAUGUGUCAAGGAAAACAAUGUUCACAACGUGAGAUCUACAAGAUCGAACAAACGUUCGACUUUUUUUUUUUAUAUAAUGAUAAUGUAUUAAACUUGUAGUUUUGAAGAAUGAAUCCACAUCGCUUCAUGACGAGUUCAUGUAAUUUGUGCCGUUUGCAGCGGUAAAAUUCGCCGGGUUGUUCCUUACUGCACAAAACAUGAAUAAAACUCACGCGAACAAGAAAUUGAACCAACUGCCGAGUUGGUUAUGGACCAAUUCCACCACCUUGCCACCGGUUUACAAGAUGGUAUGGGAGGCAGUACGAGAGGAUCGAGUUCGAUCAAGUAGCAUGCAGACUGAAUUACUUGUUGACACCAACAAGGUGUUUCCUUUGCUACUUACCAGUCAACUACCUACGGAGGUCCUCGGUCACAUAUGGAACUUAGCCAAUCAGAAGUACGCUGGACAACUGACCGAACAAGAGUUAUAUAUCGUGCUAGCUCUUGUGGCUGCUGCUCAGACGUCUUAUACCUUCAACAGUCUCGAUAUAUUGCAUUUACUUCCUUUUCCGCCAACGCCAUAUUUGAACAUAGAAUGUCUGAUGAAUUUGCAACCUGGUGCACAAGCAAAUGUAUUGAAACUUCAAUAUUACAGUAAUGAAGAAUCCAAUAUCAGUAAUGCGGGUGUGGAAGGAAAAUACAUUCCUGAUAUCAAAGGGAAAAUUAAAAAUAGAGCUCAUGCGAAUGUAGUGUCUGAUGCGAAUAUAUCAUUUUCAAACAACGCAUUUGGAAAAUCUUCUGACGUCAAGAUUCAGGCGCUUGGACCAGCUGGAAACAAUUUCAAUAAUUUGUUUAAAGACGUGAAACAAAUUUCACGUAUUCAAGCCAAUAUUCCAUCUGCAUCAUCUUUUGACGAAUCCUCUGAUGAAUUUACAGAAUUUCAAAGCGCACCGAUUCCUAGCGCCUCUGCUAUAUCAAUUUGGGAUAGCAAGCAAGGUUCUGCAAUUGGCAGCAGACUUGCUAAUCACAAUCUGGGAGUGAAAAAAACAGUUGAUAAAAUAAAAAAAGCCACUGCUGGAACGAAAACACUACCCAUUAAUGUGCAAAUUUGCACAUCUAUGUCUGCAAAUUUGCUGUAUCAAAGUAAGGAUCAACCCAUGAUAGAAUCCACAAUAGAAUCUGAUCUAUUUCCUAAAUGUGGAGUAAAGAAUCAAUCAAAAACGGUAAUACUCAAAGAUACUGUGAUUAGAAAUAAUGAUACACCUAAAGAUUGUAGCGAUACUUUUAAUCUGGCAAGUGUAGCAGAGGCUAUAUCUCCUAGAUAUGAUAAAGAAGUAUUACACAAAGUGGACGUAAUGCCAAAGGCUGUCACGGUAGAUAGGUCUGAUUCUGUUCAACAAGAUUUAAUGAGUUUGCAACAAGUCGAAGAUAAAUACAGUGCAUUACGUGCAUUAGUCCAGGAAACAUCUAUUACGAAUAAAAAUUUAGAUUUAACUUCCAAUAAUCAAUCAGCUGACGAAUUCGGAGAAUUUAUGUCUGCGGAACAACCACCUAUUAAUUCUCUAACAUCAGACGCUUUGGAUGCUGAAAAUAUUAGUAAUGUAUUUGCAGAUUUUGUUGAGUUUAAAGCGCACAUUAAUACUGAUAACAGUAACUUAACAGAUCUGAAUUUUGUAUCCGAUGUGUCUGAGUCAUUCAGUAAUCUAAAACUUGACGAUGGGAAUGAAGUGCAAUUAGUAGAAUCAGGGAAAAAUGUUCAGAAAGAGGAUGCUAUUUCGAUAAAUAGUGUAGAGUUGAUUAGUGGUCCAUCAGAAGCACUGCCACGGUCUGGAUCUGUGCCUAGUUUAGAUCUUAAAUCAUUUUUACCUUCAAAUAUAGAGGAAGAUCAAGUUGUAGAAACUUCACAACAGAUUACGUAUUGGGAAUGGAAGCAAUAUAUGGAAAGUUGUGUUUUACUAUUACAAGUCGCAGCCAAUAUAUUUACCAAUAUUACAUCAGAGAUGGUUUUACAGGAAGUUUUAAAUUCAGCUCAAGGAUACAACUUUCUUUGCCAAUUAGCUGAAGUUGCAGCUGUUUGUAGACGUGUCAAUUUUUCAUAUAAAGAGUUAGACAUAAACAUUAUUGGAUUUGAUGACCUUUUAAUGGACAUUGACAGAAUUUGGGCUGAAAUGGAACCUUUUUACACAAACAUACCAAUUGUCACUGAGCUACCAGCUUGGCCAUUACAUCAGGGAGAAUAUGUAUCUUGUUCUCUGUGUUUAACAGUUAUUACGAGUGGUCGAGUUGUUUAUAACGAUAAUAAUUAUCAUGUAACAUGCGCAAACUUAUGGCUCAAUUGUGUAAAUAAUCAAUUGCCGGUAAUGCGAUACUCUUUACUUUAUCAACCAAGUAUAUGUCCAGGAAGUCACAUUUAAAAAAAUGCUACUCUGCACAUUGCAACAUUUCAAAUUUAAACUAAAAAUACAUAUUUUAUAUGCAAA